AUGCAUCCUUACCUUGAAGUUGGGAAACAACUCUGCCAUCCACAUUAUUGUAAACUUGUAGAGCCAUACGAAUCUAAAUCUAAAAAACAACAUAUUCAACAAGAAAGUAAUACAUUCGCUUCAAGUAUAGAAAUGCUAACAAAAGCAUUAUACAACCAACAACGUCGGGAAUGUAGUAGUUUAGAAUUGGAUCUAGUAAAUUUUGAACGAAUGAUUGAAUCUAUUAAUCCUGGGCUUAAAGGUUUUUUUAGCUACAUAACAGACGUGAUUAUUCCUAAGGAACGCUCAGCUUAUAAUAUAAACGAAGCUAAGAAAUCAGUAGUUGAAUUAUGUUACCUGAUUGCAGGUUUGCGUAAUAAAUUUGUAAAUCAACAUAAAUUAGAAGUCGGAUUUUAUUUAAGGGCAUCAGGUGCAACGUGGGAGGCUAUUGACACAAUGUCAAGUCUUGGAUACUCGGCAUGCGCUAAAACAGUAGAAACGUAUCAAAAAAAAAUUCAAAAAGAGCAUUCAACAAAAAUUGAAAAUUAUUUUUUAGAACAUAAUAAUUGGUUCCACGUCUAUAAUAUUGAUGAUUAUCAUUCCAUUCAUGAGAACCGUAGACCUGACACAGUAUCAACUUCAAUGGCUAACCAUUUUGCUACUUGCAUAGCAAAACCGAUUAUAGAUUAUACAGUGUCUAUUGUAUUUAAUGGAGUAUCAAUUCACAACCCAGCAAAUGUAGAAGCACCGAGGAUUUGUUGGCACUUACUUAACCGCUAUACAGGAAUAUUUGAUAUUUCAUAUUUGGAUUAUGGAAUCUCACAAGGUCGUUAUUUUAAUAAUAAUUUUGACCCUAUCGAAAUGUUAACAAUUCACAAUUACGCUGAUAAUAUAGAAGAGCGAAGAUGCAUUCAUUGUGAGCAAUUUUAUAAAAAAGGAAUUUUUAAAAAUGUUCAAAAGUUUUUAAACCGAAUUGAAAAAGGAGCCAAUAUACUUACCAAAGAAGAUCUUGAGGACGACGAAGAAGAGGUAGAAAUUGCGGAAGAAAAGUCUGAGGAGGUAGAAAUAUUAGAAAUUUCAAAUAAGCUGUUAGAAGAAAUUAAUAGAAUAGAAUAUUGGUAA